AUGGCGACAGUGCAAUCAUCUGGCCUGUCGAGCCUUUUACGGGGAAGCCUCCGCCCGGAGCCACGGAUCGCUGUGAAGAGCUCUGCCGGUCCGACUCCGUCGUGCCAUAAGAGGCUUGCGGUGUGCAACAUUCGCGCUCGAGCCGACGGUAGAAGCAGGUCCGGAAGAUUUGCCGCUUCCUCCGCAGCAGCCGCAUCCAGCACCUCGCUCAUCCCCGCAGCGGCAGCCCUUGCCUCGGACUCGCCCACACCCGAUACCGUCGCUACCGUCGCAGAUGCGACGGCGGCAGUCGCAGAGGGCGAGGGGCUGGACAUCGGAUUCAGCUUCAACGACCUAGACCUGGGCCUGGAUGCUCCCUCUUCCGCCACCACUGACGCUGCUGCCGAUGCUGCUGCCGAUGCUGCUGCUGAUGUUGCCGCGGAUGCAGCAGAUGCUGUGUCUGCCGCUGCCAAUAGUAUCGCAGUGCCGGACGAGGUGCUUGACCUGCCCACCACCACGGCUCUUCCAGACCUGCCCAAGUUCUCGUAUCCCACCAGGGAUGUCGCCCCUUCUUUUGAGAAACCAGGAUUCAGCAUGCCCGAAUUCAAGAAGCCCGAAUUUACCAUGCCCGAGUUUAAGAAGCCUGAUUUCGAGUUCAGCUUGCCUGAAUUUAAGAAGCCCGAGUUUAGCAUACCAGACUUCCAGAACCGAGAAUUUAGCCUGCCCGAGUUCAAGAAGCCCGAAUUUUCGCUGCCCGAAUUCAAGAAGCCCGAUUUUGCGCUGCCCGAUUUCAAGAAGCCCGAGUUUUCCCUACCCGAAAACCUUUCAGACCUGAAGGCGCCUUCCUUCUCCCUGCCCGAAUUCGCCAAGCCAGAAUUCAAGCUGCCCGACUCGUCCGAGCUCCCUCUCCCUAAAACUGACUUCAAGCUGCCCGACCUCCCCACCCCAGAAUUCAACCUGCCCGAGAUCCCGCUUCCAUCCUUCCCCAUCCCGAGCCUCCCCUCGCCCUCGAACCUCCCCGUCCCGAAGCUAACCGUGCCUCGGGCAAUUUCCGAGCCUGUGGAGAACGCGGUGGCGGCGGCGACCGCGUCGGUUGCGGACUCGGCGGCGGCGGCGGCGGCGGUGGCGCAGCGCGAGUACCUGGCGGCGUACUCGGCGCUGCGCGAGACCGUGCCGGCGGACGCGCUGCCGCUGGUGGAGAAGGUGGAGGCGAACCUCGCUUCGCUGUGGGACGCCGCUAGCGGGCUGACUAAAGAGGUGGCAUUGCAGGUAGGCGCGCACGUGUGGGUAGUGGCGGGUGUAUAUCAGCGGGUCGAGCGGCGCCCUGCCAUCGCCACUGUGGAGAAGGUGGAGGCGAACCUGGCGUCGCUGUGGGACGCCACUAGCGGACUCACCAAGGAGGUGGCCGUGCAGGUGGCGGUGCUAUCAGCAGCGGCGGUGAGGGCAGCGUUUGGGGCGGCGGGCUUUGAUGCGGAUGACACUGUCGUGGCCGCCACUCUCAUCGCCACCGGCACGCUGCUGCUCGGAGUGGCGUAUUGGAGGGCGGCGUAUGGAGGGUAUUCGGGCAACCUGUCAGCAGAGGAGGCACUGGAGGUGCUCAAGGAGAGCAAGGCCGUGCUCGUGGACAUCCGCCCUGAGAGGGCAAGGAGAGCAGUGCUCGUUGACAUCCGCCCCGCCCCAAGACCCUGCUCGCUCUCACCUCCCGUCUGUCGCCCACGCCUCACCUCCCCCCCUUAUUCCCAAACGCCCGCAUUCCUGAGGGACGAGAACGGCAUCCCUGAGUUCCUGAGGGACGAGAACGGCAUCCCUGACCUGCGCAGGGGCGCACGCUUCAAGGACUGCAGCGUCAAGUUCGAAAAGUCCCAUGGCUUGACAUGCCCGCACGCCCUCAUCCCUUCUGCUCCUCCCCGUGCUGCUGGGAGGCCCCUGAGCCCAGAGGCGGCUGAGUUGACGCCCAAUCCUAAUCCCAAUCCCAUGGCCUGGCCUCUCAUGCCCUACGCCCUCCUCCCUUGUGUUCUCCUCCGCGUUUCCUCCUCCUCGCAGCUGGGCGGGCCUCUGAGGGGGCAGGUGCGCAGUCCAGACGUGGUGGACCUGCAGCUCAUGGCUGCUAAGAUCAAGGGCGUCAGAGGCGUGCAG